CGUGCAGAAGUUUGUGCAAGUAGUGCCAGUGAACUGUCAGACCAUACUUCGCUGAACCGAUAAAUGGACAGCAGUCCUUAUGGUUUCAUCUGAAGUAGUUAUGGAAGAUCGCGACAAGCAGUAGCCGUGCGCCCCUGACCCUGUGGACGUUGGCUCCCCUCAUCUCGAACACCAGCUGCUACACGAGCCGCACCACCGCCGCCGCCGCCGCCCGCCUUCUGCUUCUGCUUAGCUUCAGCUGGCCCGCCUCGUCUCACACACAGGAAGAAGAUAGAGUCGAUCGGCAAGAUGACGCAGAUGACGCAGGAGGAGAUCGUGACGAACACGAAGACGGUGGUGCAGGGCCUGGAGGCGCUCAAGAACGAGAUCAACUCGAUCCUGAACGGGCUGUCGCCGGCGCUGGAGCCGCAGGGGCCGGCCGGCUCGCCGGACCACGCUGGCGCCGAGAAGGCGGGGCUCGUCCGCAAGUUCCUCGACACCAUAGAGCUGGGCCUGGGGGAGGCGCAGGUUAUGACAGCAUUAUCUGCUCACCUGCAAGUUGUGGAAGCAGAGAAGCAGAAACUACGCACUCAGGUUCGGCGCUUGUGCCAGGAGAAUGCUUGGCUGCGUGACGAGCUGGCCAACACUCAGCAGAAGCUGCAGGCUUCGGAGCAGGCCGUUGCACAACUGGAGGAGGAGAAGAAGCACUUGGAGUUCAUGGCCUCCAUCCGCAAAUACGAUCAAGAUGUCUCGGGUGAUGACUCUAGUUCGGAGACGAAGCAAGAUAAGCCGAAGAUUGAUGACCCUGUAGUAGACCUUUUCCCUGAUGAGGACACAGAUGAAAGAAACACCAUGUCACCCACACCUCCAACCUUGGCUACCCAGAUGGCUGUGGGGUACGAGAUACCAGCACGGUUGAGGACACUACACAACCUAGUUAUCCAGUAUGCGUCACAAGGACGCUAUGAGGUGGCCGUGCCCCUCUGCAAGCAAGCUCUGGAAGACUUGGAGAAGACGAGUGGUCAUGACCACCCGGAUGUGGCCACUAUGCUCAAUAUCCUGGCUCUCGUUUACAGGGACCAGAACAAGUACAAGGAAGCAGCAAACUUGUUGAACGAUGCCCUUAACAUCAGAGAGAUGACCCUGGGAGAGAACCAUCCAGCGGUUGCAGCAACAUUGAAUAAUUUAGCUGUUCUUUAUGGCAAGAGGGGUAAGUACCGAGAAGCUGAACCCCUGUGCAAAAGAGCCCUCGAGAUCAGAGAGAAAGUACUUGGCCGCGAGCAUCCAGAUGUGGCUAAGCAGCUCAACAAUCUAGCUCUGCUGUGUCAGAAUCAGGGCAAGUAUGAAGAGGUUGAACGGUAUUACCAGAGAGCUCUGGAGAUAUACGAAGCCAAGUUGGGUCCUGAUGACCCAAAUGUUGCUAAGACAAAGAAUAAUCUGGCAUCAUGUUACCUGAAACAAGGCAAAUACAAGGAAGCUGAGAUUUUGUACAAACAAGUGUUGACUCGUGCCCACGAGCGUGAGUUUGGGGCCAUUGAUGGUGAUAACAAGCCGAUUUGGCAAGUGGCCGAGGAGCGAGAGGAGAACAAAUGUCGUAACAAGGAAAAUGUCCCUUACGGCGAGUAUGGAGGAUGGCACAAAGCUGCCAAAGUGGAUUCACCGACGGUGACGACGACACUGAAAAACCUCGGUGCCCUCUACCGGCGACAGGGCAAGUACGAAGCGGCAGAGACCCUGGAAGACUGCGCCCUGCGCUCACGCAAGGAGGGACUGGACUUCGUGAAACAGGCAAAGGUGGCUCAAAUCCUCAGCGAGUCUGGAGAGAGGCGCCGCAGCGGCUCUUCAGGAAAGGAGCGCAACAGUCGCCGUGGCUCGCGCGAGUCCCUCGACUCGAUGCAGUACGAAACGGGAGAAGAGUUGGGGAAGCACAGGCAGCGCAGUUCCUCGUUCUUGAAACUGCGGACAACGAUAAAGCGUACGAACGCCAAGCUGAUACAGAAGUUCUCGAAAGGCGGGGAUGCUGACAGUCACGGCACCGUGUUAGACAACAGCAUGAGGCGCGCAAAUUCUCUGUCCGUUCUUAGUAAUGCAAAUGCAAAGCAGUGGCGGGAGCAGAACGAGUUUGGGUUGCUGCGGAGCCGCACGGCGAGUUCUGACCGGCUGCGGCAGGGUGCGACGUAGACCCUCACUUGCCUCUCUGCGACUGUUGCCACACGCCGGUGACUGGAUCUGGCUAUUUUUUGUAACCGUCAGUUGACUGUAGUGAUGGACAGAGAAUAAUUUCUGGAAUUAGCAGAUAUCACAAGAAUGCUAUUUAUCUGUUGUCUUAUUAUGUCCUCCAGACUAUCUUGUCUUUUGCUGUAUCAGUUCUAGCAAUUAGGGGUUAUAUGUCUGCAUUUAUUUUUCUGUUUUUAAUUAUAUACCAGUAGCUGUCUCUACACUGAUGUAACUGUAAUUGUGUUUGUAAGCAAAUGCAGUGAGUGAUUGGUGCUAGAAGUGUAUAACUUAAAACUUCAGUUUUGUGCAAUAUUUUUUUUUGUAAGACUUGAAACAGUUGUAUUGUGUAAAAAGCACGGUUCCCUGUCGUAAAUCUGAGAGAGGCUACAUAAUACUGAGCUUAAACGUACCCACAAACUAAGAUGUAGCACUUGCAAGAUAAAGUUAAUUUCUUCUUUGGCAGUUGUAUCAUCAUCAUAUAAUGAUUUCUCCUCCUUUGAGUUCCAAUAAGAAGUUACUUGUGUUUGGAUUUUCUUAGUGCCAAAAAAAAGGCAGAAUCGCUUGGUACCCAAUACUUCAUUCAGUAUUGGGAUACAAUAAGGGACUUCUGGAAAAGAAUACAGGCAAAUUAGUAUUAUUCAUUUCUGCAGAAAAAAAUUGAUUUCUGCAGAGUAUUAUUUUUGGUGAUGUACUUAAAUCUGAUUUUAUCCAGUAGGAAUGGUUGGUGGAAGCUUGUGAAUGUAAAAACAAGGAGCUUGUUUAUAAAAGAACUUUCUGUGCUACCUGUCAAGAUUUCUUUUUAUCUCUAUUUUGCACGACACAUUUUGGGAAAUGAUUCCCAGUUCUUGUCGUUGCCUCAAAGACUGGUUUGAUGCAGAUUUCCAUGCUACUCUAUCCUGUCAAGUCUCUACAUGUUGUAACACACAAAAACGCACUAUAAAAUGGGAAUCAUUUUCUGAAAUGUCAUGCAAAAUAUAAAUAAAAAGAAAAUUUACUGAUAGCAGAAAGUUACAUUACAAACACACCCACUGUACUUAAAUCCAUUGCAUUUAUUGGAUUGGAGCUUAUCAGUUUAUUUAAUUACACUUAUUACUUAAAUACCUAUCUGCUUUCAUUUUGUGGGUACCUUACAGCCCAUAAAUACUUUCUUCUCUCUUGACUCCAAGGACUUUGUUACUUUUCAAAAAAAAUGUGCACACAAUCAUUUAGAGAUUUCUCUCAUUUUGUCACUGAAGACUGAUUCAGGAAAGUAAAAAGAAACUUCCCAUUUCAUUAUUCGAUUUAUCUUCUGCUACUUGCAAAGAUAGUAUCACUUUCAGAAAUUAUUUGCCAGUACUUUAUUUCUAAGGUCUAUUUAUUCUUUAACAAUGCUAUUUGUUUCAAAUUUCUUCCUUGAACCAAUUUAAUAAACAGUCUCUCAACAACUUAAACCAAAUAACAAAAAUAUUACACAAUAAUUAUGGAACAGUAUUCUAAAAUAUUUGACACACACACACACACACACACACACACACACACACACACACACACACAGUUUCAACAGCUUACAAAAUUUACAUAGUGUAAGGCCACCAUCCUCAUCUGUGUUUUAGUUAAAUUCUGAAAGUUCUCAGUAUAAUCCUUCCUGUUGCAUUUGUCAGCCUACUGUUUAACAAAUACACAUGAAAUAUAACCAAAGAUGACGUGAGAAAUUUCUUAAACAUAUAUGUAUAAAAUAAAGCAAAAGAAUUCUUUUUCAGAUGUAUAAGGAAUAAACUAACUCCUCAUACAGAUCCUUAAUCUGUUAUAUUUGUUAAACUGCAAGAUCUGCUUUUAUUUUUAAUGAUACUAUAGAAAAAUUUUAAACUCGCAUGUAGAAUUUAUUAGAAUAUUUGUUUUGUUGUAUUCUUGGCAGUUUACAUAAGCCAGCAGAAAUUUGCUUAGUUACUAUAUUUAUCGUUCAUUAAAAGUUUGUAGUAGAUUUGCACCAGUCCUAUCCAGAUCUGUUGUGCAAAAAAAGCAAAAAAAUUUUUCAUGGAUACUGUUAUGAUAUACCAGAGUUGAUUUCAGCCUGUCACAUAAGUAAAAUGUGUGUUUGCCACUGUUCGUGAGAGAUUGUGCACAUAUUCGGGAGUCUCAUUGUCAUUUCCCUCCUCGAUCUCAAGCCUGUGACUGUUUGCUGCUUAUCAGUAUUUCUAGCAUUUUGGCAAGUGUGUUCCUGGAGAACUGGGCAACCAGCUACCGCAUUUUCUUACCGUGUAGUAUUGUAUAAUGCAGGACAGUCAUAUUAGCGUGUAUUUUAUAUAGGUUCUUCUCUCUUCAUAGUCACCAGCUCAGAGAGGGAAAAAUGGAAGUAUUUCAAAUAAAGAUGACUUUCUUCAUUGCUCUUUGCUGUUAUGGAGGGUAAUUAUAGGUGAUCAUUAUAUCAACAAUUUAAUACCAUAUUUACACAUCACUGUAAAAAGUUGAGCCUUGAUAAUUUAAAAAUUAAACAGUAUUCUGUAACUUAGUUCCAUAGAAGAAAAGUAAAUGUAAACAAAAACUAUUAAAUGUAUGUGCAUGUGUACUAGCAUUCCUGAUAGAAGUAAAGUAUUUGUGACUUUGGAUUUAUUUGAACAGUACUGAGGGAAGCUUUUGACUGAGUUUUGGGUGAUUGUAGUAAUGUCCGCUGACAUCCUAGGGUAGUGUUGUACCCCAAACAUUUAUAUUUAUCUGUUAAUAAACUUACCGUGUUUUCAUGUAUCCAUUUCCAGACCGUAGGAAGAUUAAUUUUAUGUUGUUGUCAGCUGCAUCUGUCAUGUAAUCAGUUGUAUUAUCAUUCCAUUGAUUUGAUGGAACUGGCAAAUGUUGUAAUCAAGAGGGAGGGAAAGUAGGGAGAAAAUGGUUGAAGUUAAUCGUAUGUCUGUAACUAUAUUCUUGUUUCUUAUUUAUGAUGACAUGUAAAUAAUUUUAUGAGAGAUGUUCUUUAUCUAAUUUAUUAUUGAUGAAUGCAAGCAAGAUAUUUUUGCACAUGCACACAUUUUUUAUGUAAAGACGUGUUCGUUGAAUAUCAGCUUUCUAAUGUGUAUGGCUUUUUCGCUUUACGCAAAGACCAAUAAAUAUACGACACCCCAGAAAAAAUUG